AAUAUUUCGCUGAAUUGGCUUGAAACAGUUUUUAUGAUUUCUCAGCUGAUAAUUUCAAAAAGAUCCCUUAAAACAUUAGCGCUAUUAACGUGAAAAUAUGUCAAAAAAGGUUGAAUCACAUUCUGAUAUUAAUCUACAUGUUGCAGCAAGGAAUGGUGAUUUAAAUGCUCUAAUAAAUAUCUUAGAAAGUGGAAAAGUUCAUGUUGAUUGCGAAGAUUCGAAUGGGACUACUGCCCUUAUUUUAUCAUCAGUAAAUAAUCACCUAAUGUGUUUAAAGGAACUGAUUAAUCAAGGGGCUGAUAUUAACCAUCAAAGAAUAACAGGUACCACUGCCUUGUUUUUUGCCUCUCAGGGUGGAUUUAUUGAAAUAGUAAAAGAACUUCUAAACAAUGGAGCUAAUCCAAAUAUAAUAAGCCAUGAUUCUGGCAGCGCUUUAUUAGUUGCUUGUCAAUGUAAUCAUUUAGAUGUUGUAGUGGAGUUGAUAUCAAAAAAUGCUGAUAUUCAUAAAUCAUUAAAUGAUGGAGCAUCAGCAUUGUUUAUUGCUUCCCAAAAUAAUAAUUUAGAUGUUGUCAAAUAUCUAAUUUCAAAAGGAGCAGAUUGUAAUUUUAUUCGAAAGGAUGAAGUGUCACCGGUUUGGAUAGCUUCUCAGAUGGGGCAUGUUGAGAUCGUUAAAGAGUUGUUGCGUAAUGGUGCCGAUCCUAAUAUAGCCAAAGACAAUGGUUCAACUCCACUUUUUAAAGCUGCGCAUAAAGGUUACAUUUUGAUAGUGGAAGAAUUAUUGAAGUAUAAUCCAAACCUAAUGCUUCUAAAGAAUGGUGAGACCGUAUUACACGCCGCUUGUAAUUUUGGUCAAAUGAAAAUCGCUCAGCUAUUGCUAAAACAUGGAGCUAAUCCCGAAUUAAAAAAUUCGGAUGGCCUGACAUGUUUGGACAUCGCGCGUCAAAAUAAUUUCGUUGAUUUAUACAAAUAUUUGCGGUCGUCAUUAAAUAAUUGUGAUAUCGAAAGCUCAAAUAUCAAAACUCAAAAUAAUUCGCAAGUCAAUGACAUGUCAACUAUGGUUUAAAAACCGAGAAGAAAUUAUAGCUUAAUUAUACAUUAUAAAAAUUUAUUUCAUAUAUAUAAAAUAAGCCUCCUUCAUUAAAUUCCAUAGUCAAAAUUAUUAUUCCUUUAUAUUUUAACCAAAAUUCCUAUUUGUUAAGAAUUGUUAAAAACGGGAGUUUAUUUUUGAUCAAACUAAUUUUUAAACUGUGAUUUUUUUUUUUGAAACUUAUAACAAUUCAACGAUUUUUUCUAUUUAUAAUAAUCAAUCAAAUUAAUUAUAAUUGCUGUAUUAGCUAUAAAUUAUUUAUUCAAAUUUGAAAUAGUGUAUAAUAAAAAUAUAUUUACGCGAUAAACAUUGAUAUUUUAUCAAUUAUAUUUGAGGUCUGCAAAACUCAACCCGAAAACCGAUCAUCGACCCCUAUUUGUGGGUUCUUACGGGAAAUUGUGAUUAUUACUUUUCGGUUGUAGCGGAUAUGGAAAUGCUCCGCCCCGGGUUAGGGUAGCGUCUUACAUGACAAGAUAUUCCCUGGAAGCAACCCCCCCCCCCCCCCCCCACUUAAAUACCUAUACUUAUCCCCUUAAAAAUUUAUUGC